UGCACUAGAUGUAGAUUCUUUUGUUAAUGUUACAAUUGAGAGUAUCACUUUUAUCAUGCAGCCUUAUGACGACUGCACAAGAGUUUGAAGUAAGGAAACACAUGGUAUUCUACGACACGUACGUCUAUUUUUAAGCGUACUUAACUUUGAAGUCAUACCGGAAGUUCCCAAAUGCCAUACGAGUGACUCUUGGCUUGAAUCGAAAUCUGAUGUAAAAGUUUAGCCUUUUUGUGGUUCUGACCAGGGUACCGGGGGUGAGAAUAACUUUUUAUUUAGAACCCGCAUUCUUAUAAAUCGACGUAACCUGCUGGUACAGUCUGUCAAAGACUGUCACACGCGGAAAGUGUGAGUUUGCUGGCGGUUUUCUACUUUUAGGCCUGCUGAAAACACAGUUAAGCUAACGAUAAAUAGCUACUAUGCCAGGAGAAGAAAUCUCUCGUUUUCUGGUGUCAUCUAGACCCGGGUCGUCGUUUCUCUGAUACCACUAAAGCACCACACAGGUGAAGAGACUUUCAAUUUGUCGCUCACUUGUCAAUGCUUCGAACAAUUUGUAUACAUUAUUGAACACCAGCAUUUUAGCUCCAGCUUGAUAGCUUGCGAGGCAUGGCGGACAGCAUUGGAGAUACGUCAACCGGUGAUACACAUGGCCCUGGUGUUACCGGACAAAGUGGUGGAUCUUCACCCCUGCAGACUUUGGCAAACUCCGUGACGGGUGCACCCCUCAGCGCCAAUACGGGUUCGUCUUCUGAGGGUGACCAGAGUGGCCUCAGCCCCGAUGGAUCACCAAAUGAUGGUCUCCAGGCUACCCAGACGGACUUUUGGAACGCGUUUGUUUUAUCUCAACCGGUCGUGUCCGUAUCACCGAACAUGCACACCUCUUCACCCGCUCAGAGUGUUGGGCAAGCCGUCGCCGGAGUGGCCGGAGUGGCCGGACCAGGUCCCCUAACACAGGUCUACGCCGCUUCCUGGGACCCGACCCGUAGUACUGACUGGGACAACGAAAAAACCUCGCAGCCAGCUAUUUUAAGGAUCAAGAGGGACAUUAUGUCUAUCUACAAGGAACCUCCACCAGGGAUGUUUGUCGUCCCAGAUCCUCAAGACAUGACCAAGAUCCAUGCUCUAAUCAUAGGGCCAUUUGAUACACCAUAUGAGGGCGGUUUCUUCCUAUUCCUGUUUCGAUGCCCUCCGGACUACCCGAUCCACCCGCCACGGGUCAAGCUCAUCACCACUGGUCAGAACAGUGUCCGGUUCAAUCCCAAUUUUUACCGCAAUGGCAAAGUCUGCCUCAGCAUCCUUGGAACAUGGACAGGACCAGCAUGGAGUCCGGCGCAGAGCAUCUCCUCUGUCCUCCUUUCAAUUCAGUCUCUGAUGACGGAGAAACCUUAUCACAAUGAACCUGGAUUUGAACAGGAGCGACAUCCAGGGGAUAGUAAGAACUAUAACGAGUGUAUCCGCCAUGAAACAAUGAGGGUAGCUGUGUGUGACAUGCUGGAGGGCAAAGUUAACUGUCCUGAAGCUUUGUGGAGCGUAAUGGAGAAGUCAUUCCUAGAUUUCUUUGAUUUCUAUGAGGGAGUUUGUAAAGCGAGGCUGCAUCUACAGGGACAAAACAUGAAGGACCCAUUUGGAGAAAAGCGUGGUCGUUUUGACUAUCAGCGCCUGCAGGCUCGACUCAGCGCGAUCCACCGACGAAUACGAGAGAAACGUGUGAUGAGUGAUCCCAAUGACGACGACUCUAACUCUGAAACCAGCUCCUCUGAAACGGACCCUGACAGCCAGGGUAGCAUUCAGCCAUGACUCCGUUCGACAGGCCGAGUAGAGAGGACUUUUUGUUGUUGUUGUUUUUUUUUUUGCUUCAAGAAACAAAAAAAAUGUUGAAUGAAAUAUUUCAUAUCCCAUGUUUUUUUUACAUUUUAUUUUGAGGGGAAAAAAAAGCGAUGGUGUUGCUCUCCAGAAAGUGACUAUGCUGCAGCAAGAGAACUCAACACUAUUCAGGAGUCAAACACUGGCAGAUUUACAAUGUAGCUGUGGAAUUGGGCUACCUAUGUAGCUAACCAGCUGUUUGAAUUCAUGUUUGGACUGGAAGAGGCUGUGAAGAUAUGUAGUACAUUGAGAUUAAACAUUCCCUUGUACUUGUAAAAAAAAAAAAAAAAAAACAUGAAAUGAAAAUGACUUUUAAAAACAGCAUUUGAAAUUGGUCAAAUAAAUAACAGGCUGUCAUUUCAUGACAUCCUUCCUA